UGUUUGGCGCACCGCGACGCGAACCGCUGUCUUCUCGGCAUACCGAGAACGAUAUCCUCGUCGCGAUCGUUCUUCUUAUGCAUCUUCUGAAGGAAUUGUCAAGUGCAUUACAUAGGCGUCGAGUAUAAUCGUGUAAUAUUCAAGGACAUCGAAACAUCUCGAACUCGAUUGUAUCCAACACUUUUAAAGAACUUUAUUAUACUUCCACAUCCACCAUGACUACAUCUUCCGAAGAUGUCCUGAUGCAAGUGAGCCAAGUACGUUAUAAAAAAGGAGAUGGCACCUUAUAUGUGAUGAACGAACGAAUAGCAUGGAUGCUCGAUAACAGAGAUACUGUGUCUGUCAGCCAUAAAUAUGCUGAUAUUAAAUUGCAAAAAAUAUCACCAGAGGGAAAAUCAAAAAUACAACUACAAGUGGUGUUACACGAUGGUACAUCGUCUACAUUUCAUUUUGUAAAUAAAAAUGGACAAGAAGCACAAAUUAAAGAUCGUGAUGAUGUAAAGGAGUUGUUGCAACAGCUGCUACCAAAAUUUAAGCGGAAAGUUAACAAGGAGCUUGAAGAGAAGAAUAGAACCCUUCAAGAACAUCCUAUGUUGCUUCAAUUAUAUCGCGAUCUGGUAAUCACGCAAGUUAUAUCAUCUGAAGAAUUUUGGUCGCAACAUGCUGCGGAAUAUACGCAAGCUAAAAAGAUUCAACGUCAAGAGAUAGGUGUUAAUAGUGCUUUCUUGGCGGAUAUCAAACCACAAACCGAUGGUUGCAACGGAUUAAAAUACAACUUAACUGUCGAUGUGAUAGAAUGUAUAUUUAAGACUUACCCAGCUGUUAAAAGGAAACAUCAAGAAAAUGUGCCUCAUAAAAUGUCAGAAUCUGAUUUCUGGACGAAAUUCUUUCAGUCGCAUUAUUUUCACAGAGAUCGUAUCAACGCUGGGACCAAGGAUCUUUUUACCGAAUGUGCCAAAAUAGAUGAUCAGGAACUUAAGAAAGACCUACAAACUGGGAUAAAUGAUCCUUUGGUGGACAUCACUUCUUUUGAGGAUCAAUCACUGGAUGAAAAUUAUGGAAGUGGAUGUAGUAAAUCGGACAAAAUGUCGGGAAAUAUGGUACAUCAAAAUAUGAUCAAGAGAUUUAAUCAACAUAGUAUAAUGGUUAUGAAAGCCAGCACUGCCAAACAGUCGAUGCAAACCAAUCAACCACAAUUAAAUGGAUCUACACCAUCUGCAAGUAAAAUAGCAAAUAACGAACUAGAGGAUGGACCAAAGACUAAAAAACGUAAAAUACAAGAAAAGAUAACUUAUGAUGAUCUUGAUAAGAGCUGUGACAUAAAUACAAAUAAUGGCGCACCGUUAAAUCUAACGCAUAUAGAUAGAUAUUUGCAUGGACCUGUACCAGGAUGUGCAAGUACAGAACCGACUUCAGAAGAACUGUUUGUUACGUUAAAUCAUUUAAAAAGGGAAGCUUCUGGAUGGAUAACCGGCAGUACUUUACCGCGACAAGCAGCGACUUCUUUAGUUAGUCCAGCCGCGGCAGUGUCAGCUUUAGGUGAAUUAACACCCGGCGGAUCCUUAAUGAAAGGUUUUCGAGAAGAGAGUCUUGGACAAUUAAUACCGAAAGAUUUAGAAAGGGAAUUACGUAACGUAUAUGUGUGCGCGUGUGAGCUAUUGAGGCACUUUUGGCGAAGUUUUCCUCCAACAACACCGCAGCUUGAAGAAAAAGCGAUCAGAAUGCACGAAGCUUUACUCAGAUUUCAUUCCGCUAAGCUAAAGCUCUUUGAAGAUCGUGUGCAAAGGGAGUUCUCUGCGGUUAGUCAACACUUGACGAGUCAUCUGAAUCAAUUGUUAACUACCGCGCAUAGGAAGUUUGCGGUAUGGCAGCAGCGAAAAAUGCAAAUGAGGUAGCCCUUCGUUAUGAUUCCGUAAAAUAAUAACGUAAAUAAAAAAAAACAGCAAUAUUGAUCGCAUAUUGCAUUUCUUAAUGUUACCGUAAUUAGAUAUUAAUGUCGAUGUAUUUUACAAGAACAGGAAAAAAAACCAAAGUUACGCCGGGUCCACGCGUCCCGGUACUACCGCAUAUACUGUUUAUUUAUUCUUUUUUUAAACGCGUUCAUAACUUUUUCAAAUUUUCUUUCAAACUCGGCCAAAUCCAAUUGCAACCGACGAUAUGUAUUAACUUGCAAUUAUCUCUAUAAAAACAGUGUAACAGCUUAUUUAUUUACUUCUAGUAGAUUGUACGAUACCAUUUAAAUGCGUAUACACAUACAUUUGAAAACGCACGAUUGUUCCAAAAUAUCUAUGCUCCGGGAAACGUAAUGUGUUUAUAAAUUUUAUGCAAGAAAAUGAUAUGUAGUUGCAUACAGUCAUCAUCUAUAAAUAUGCAACUGUGUUUUUGUUCAAGUUACUAGUUGUGAGGGAGACGGGCGACUGCAAAUAUUGUACGAUAUCAAAGUAACUGUGAUACCGCCACUGUCAGGUCUGUAGUUAAUGUAUUUGUUCGGCAUGAUAAUGUAUCGCAUUCUAUUGCAAUCUACUGUAUUGGCUGUAUUAUUUUGUUGAUUCGCACAGAACAAUUUGAUAACUAUUUGUUUACUCUUCAAUUGUUCCUUUUCAUAAUGAAUGAAAGUUUAAAACGAGUCUUUUGUCAUAAUUGCGAUUGAGCCAAUACGUUUAAAUGCAUCUCAUUUGCAUCUCUAAAUAUGUCUCGACGAUAUUAGAUUUUUUUUCUUUUACUUAUCCUAUCUCGAGGACACAGUGGCAUUGGUAUACUUUUUUAUGAUAUCUGCGAUAUACUCAACUAAGUGUCUUAAUUGUUGAAUCCUAUUUUUCUCUCGUGCUACCGGGUAAGGCGAUCUGUAAGUUCUUCUUAAACUGCCUACUCGGUCUUCAAUAGCAAUAAAAUUUGGCAGUUUGUAAGAAUAUAAGUGAUACUAUCUCAAUUGAUAAACGAGCGAUCAUACUCGUGCAUUACGCUAUUAUAAUUAUUACUUAAGAGGUAAUAAUUAUAAAUAUAUUCUUACAUUAUGAUUAUAAUAAAUGUUAUUAUUGUGAUGACGAAUUUUCAAUAUCA